AUGUCCGAUACCUAUGCCAAGACGCUUGGCAGCUUCGCUCCGUAUUACCCUGUCCCCUCUUCGUUUCUUCAAGUCGCCUGGUUCAAUGCGCUUGAGAGUCCCUACUACAAUGACUCUCAUCAGAGAUUCCAGGCGUACGUGCGCCAUUACGUGGACACCUACCUUCUCCCUCAUGCGCAGGAGUGGGAGGCGGCUGGCGAAGCGCCUCUGGCGGCAAGACUGAAGUUCGCCAAAUCCGGACUGGCGUUCCUUGAUGUCCCCAGAGAGUAUCGGCCCGAGGAGGUCAUGACCGUUGCGGGUAUCCCUUUUGACGAUAUCGAUGUCUUUCACGAGCUAAUCUUGAUGGACGAAAUGGCUCGGAUUCCUAGUGGGGUCCCCCUGGCACUGGCCGGGGCGUCAAAUGUGGGUGCCCCACCCAUUUUCGUUGCUGGUACAACGGAGCAGAAGAGGCGAUGGCUUCCAGGACUCUUCACAUGGGAAACCAGCUUCUGUCUUGCCAUCACGGAACCGACGGCUGGAAGUGACGUAAGUGCGAUACGCACGACUGCAAAGAAGACCCCUGAUGGAGCCCACUACGUCGUCAAUGGCCGCAAGAAAUGGAUUACAGGCGCACCGUGGGCAACACACAUGACUACCGCGGUCCGAAUGGGAGAGAAAGGUCAAGGCGGCAUCUCGCUCCUGGUCGUGCCUCUAACCUUGUCUGGCAUUACAAUCAGGAAGAUCCACAACUCUGGGCACAACGCCGGCGGUUCUUCGUGGGUGAUUCUAGAAGAUGUCAAGGUUCCGGUCGAUCAUUUACUGGGAAGAGAGAACGAAGGCUUCCCUAUCAUUACGCGCAACUUUAACAAGGAGCGUUUCAUUCUCACGGUUGACUGCAACAGGCAGGCCCGCGUUUGUCUUUCAGAAGCUUUGCAACACGCACAUGACCGAGAGACUUUCGGGAAGACCCUGGCCUCUCACCAAAUCAUCCGGCACAAACUUACAACGCUUGCGCGCGAAAUCGAGGGGCACUGGGCAUGGCUGGAGCAAAUCGCCUAUCACGUCAAGGUUCACGGGUGGCAAACGAAAGAUAUCGCGAGUAGGAUCGCACUGGCAAAGAUUCAGGGGGGCAGGAUUGUCGAGCAAGCCGUUAGGGAGUCUCAGCAGAUACACGGCGGUAUGGGCUACGAAAAGGGGAUGACCAUGACAGAGCAGAUCUCUAGGGAUCUGCGCCUGAAAGUCAUUGGCGGUGGAAGUGAGGAAAUCCUGGGCGACCUUGCCUGGCGUGAGGAGCACAAGCGGGCUAACGAUCGAUUGUCCAAACUCUAA